CAAUUUCGUUUGAAAAUAAUACAUAUGUAUGUUUGGCUUGGGAUGUAUGUUAAGGCUGCGAAAGAGAUAUUUUUCAACGGAAGUUCAAUUUUGUGUACGAGUGGAGUGGAGUUUGAGCUGUCGUAGAAUAGGUUAUGUUGUCCAGUGUCGCACAAUUGACGACGUUAUCUUGGAUGCGAAGAGAAAAAUUUCCUAAAACUGCGUGAUUUAAAUACAUUUUUUCGGAACGUUAAAUCAAAGUAUCGCCUUCGUUUACAUGCGUAAUUGGCAUAUUUGCACAUUAUAUUUAUGUACUUUUAGCAUAACUUUAAAUGCUAUAAAAUAAAUAUAAACUACUUAAAUAACUUAAUUCGACUGUGACUGAGAAUUAUUUUCGUUUCAACUCUGCGCGCGCGUGCUUAUAACGUGUACGUGCAAUUUAUUAUAAUAUCAUUCUUCGGAAAGUAUUUACUUUCCGGCAAGUAAUCACUUUCUUUUUUUUAUGUAGUUAUCACACUUAUGACGUAAAGCUUGAACUCCGAUAUUUCGAAGUGGCACGCAUAGUCGCGUGCCCGAGUACAAUAUUGUUUGCUCCAAUCUGAGAUAUCGUACAUAUUAAAAUACCGAGACAUAAGAGACGCUGUAAUACUCUUUGCCAAGCCUUAUCACCAGCUGCCAACAACCGAAUCAACCGCUUAAGUCUUCAAAAAAUAUACAUAGAACUUGUUUGGUCUCGCAAUAGACUGAAUGAAAUUAAAAAACGCUCUCAAUGAAUCUUUCCUCUUAUCCGAAGCAUCAGGUUUCCCGGUUUGUUGUAACAGCUGAGCUAAGACGCGCGAAACUGCCAGACUCGGGAACUUCCCGAAUCAUCAAAAAGUAUACGUGGACCAAAAUUCCAAAAUCUAUCCGCAAUUAAUUAUUCCAAUUUUACAUAUUACUUCAUAUUUUACAAUUUUUUACAUAUUAUUUCCAAAAACCGUAUUGUGCAUCUGCGACACGCUCCAUGCUCGACGUGUCGAAAAGUGCGCGCAUCAUCCUCGAGAUAGAUCGUGGUCCCGUGAGUACAGUUAAAAGGCCGUUAUCGCCUGUGACCAGUCGCGACCGGUGAUCGGGCAAGCUUCGCCUUCGUACGCGCGAUAAGCGCGAGCGAGCGAGAUUUCAAUUUUCUCGCGACGCGUCCGCCGCUGCCGCUUUCCUCGCUGGCUGCGGCGCGCUUUUCGCCCGCUUUACUCCGCUUUCGAGAGCGACGACGGCGAGGCCACGCGAGCGCGAUGCGCGUUAUCAGAGGAACGUGCGUCCGGACAUUCUCCAGCGUCAUUCUAGGACCGACGCCUCGUCCUGUCGGUCCUUUCCUCUCGUCUCGCUUCGAGCAAUGCUAACGGUAGUGCCUCGCGUUUCUUCCGCUUCAACAACGGUGCGUGUCUCUCGCUCGCUUUCCUUCAUCGCGAACUCGCGAUCUUCUUGGACGACGUUGGUUCCUUUGGCGAGAUUUUUCACGUGCUUCCUAUCGGGAUGCAAGCGUGAGCUGCUAUCGAGCGUGGUUGCGAUGAUUCCGGAUCUAUUUGUGCUAUAAAUACCGAGGAGUGAUAUACCUGGUGACGUUCACGUGCGUGAUAAUGGAAAUGUGCGCGAUGUGGACCGAGACGCGCCGUUUUUCCAUCGACAUCGGAAAUAGAACCGUCCGAGAUCGCGCAUAGAUGCUUCAAAUCCCUCGUCUCGUCGUUUUAUUCUUCGUUCGUUUUAUUGUCGACGUAAUAAGCGAUAACUAGCGCUCGAAGUUGUACUUCACGUUUAGAUCGGAUUGGCUUUGCUGGUAUGCGGGUUGACACCGUUCUCUGCGGCGGCUUACCGUUAUAAACAUGGAAACUCGUCGGCGUGCGGACACCGGUUCCUGUAAGUUUUGCUAGUUCUAAUCGAAAAUGAUUGAGAUCGUAAAGGAUGCAUGAGAAGCAAUCGUGACGAGAAAUCAGUUUCAGAAUUAUUGAUUGAUUUGCUUAUUUUUUUCUCAUUUGUAUGGUAAUUUUUUAUUUGCAUCUUGAGAAUUUCUUAAUAAGCUUAGUUCGUUCGGUGUGUUUAUGAAUAUUCAUACAUUCAAAUUUCGCGAAUAGUUUUAGUAUUUCGUUUUUAAACUUUUUUAAAUCUAUUUUAAGUUUUGCCCGCAAACCGGAACAUGUGCGAUUUGCGAAUACAUUUAUCGUAGCAAUUUUUCUGAGUUAUUUUUGAAAAACUUGUAAGAUGAGAUUGUUAUUGUUUCUCUUUGUGCUGGCUUCUUCAGUUGACUAUAAUCGCCGGAUUUCUUUCGUAACACUCUGAAAACGUCCUUUAAAGAUCGCAACUCGGACGGUUGCAUAUUUCUCAGAAAUAUGCAACAAUAUAUACGAGACAGAUCAUUGUCAAAACAGAUGGUAUAAUUGCUCGCGACUCCGCGCAACAACAGGAUACCGGGAAUAAUAGACUACCGACGUAACCAUACGAUUCUAACCGAUUAUGUGAUGUGAGUGAUAACGUGACUACCCAAAAAGUCUUCAAGAUACUUCUCCGGAUGUUGAAUAAAUCGAAUAAAUACAUGGAAAGACAGAGUCGACACGGCCUUAAUUAAGAUUCUAGGACAACGCCACUUGGCUGUAAUAAAUAUCAUGCCACGUAUUCACGAUCGCGAUUUCCAUCUCGGCUUACGUUUCUCGGCUUCAAUAUUAUUUAUUGUGUAACUUUGCUAUCAUUUGUUUCUUGUGAUUCUAACUUGAGACACUGAUUACAUCACGUUUUACAUUGUAUUUUUCACACCAAAGUUAUUUUCAAAAAUCAUAAGCGUAAAGAUAAAUGGACGGAUUAUAAUGUACAACAUACAGAAUGGAUUAAUUACCGUGUCGUGUGAUUAGAGAAGAUUGUUUUAUAGACAUCCAAGACAAAUUCUAAUAAAAUAUGUCCUAAUAUUUUUUAUCAGUUUCUUAUGCACAAUCACAUGUUAUUACUCUAUACGUAUAAAUCGUGUCUCAAAACUAGUAAUGUAAAAUAGUAUGAGUUGUGAUAUCCGUAAUCAACACUAUUGAAUGAUAUUCGAGCUUUUUCGCUAAAGUCGAAGUGAGUAGAGUUUCACGAUAAUGCGGUUUAUUGAUUCGAGCCUCAACGGGUUUUCAUAGAAAACAUGGCCCAAGUAGCAUCUGCGCAAAAUUUAUUUAUAAUCUAUCAUAAGUGUAAAUCAUGUCACGAGUAUCGUGACACUGCUCGGCCAUCCUAUCCACAGAGAUCAUUUUAAACAGCAACAUCCGCGUGUGCAAUAUUUUCAUCAGUAAAAAUAUAUGAUUAAGUAGAAAUAUAAAUUACGUAAGAAUAAAAUUUAAUUUGAUAAAAGUUAAUAGGAGUAGAAAUAAGCUUUGUUUUAUAAAACGAUUAAUACUUUUUAAUACUUUAAAUUUAACAUUAUCCGUUUUUCUGGUUAAAUUCAUGUUGUAAAGCAUGAAACAUUAAGAAUCAUUGCGAAAAUAAAUUGCACGUAAAGAAUUUUAAAUUAAUUUUUUUAUUUUAGUACCUUACCGACGAGUGAUUCUCGCAUGUAUAAUAGCUUCGAGAUUUGUGUAUUUUUAACACACACAGUUUGUAAAACCAUGAAUUAUGAUAAUACACGACAACGCUGAAUUAGCCUUACAUAAAAUAUCAAUCAACGUAACUUUGUCUUAUUUUCGAAAAAAAAAAAAUUAUAUAUGCGCGAAAUUUAAUGGCAUAUUUUAUUCGCGAAGACGGCCGAAUACUUAUUGCAAUCUUCCAUCUUCAACGUGUUAAAUAAAUUGGAUCGGUCGUGCUAACAGCAAUUAGGCUACCGGAGAUGCCCUGACCCUGACUAGUUAAAUAUCGGCGCACAUUGGCUCCUCGUCGCGUGGUACAUGAUCGCAUCCUGGACGGCUGCCAUCGGAGAGAGAUCUAAAUAGAAUUACAUAUAUCUGCCGAUCUCUCCGCCGGUGGCGAGAUACGAGUUACGACCACUUUGCGAUCAGUUCGUAUCCAGCAGAUUCCAUUCGGUCGCGUCAGCCACCGCACGACGGACCGCUGCCGCAUUAACAGAUAAACAAUGCCUAAAAACGCACCGUCGCGUAGAAAACGUGAGUCGCCGCAGUAUAUAAUUCUCCACACUAUUAAUAUACACUGAUGACACGUUAACAUGCAUCGUAUAAUAAAUACAAGAUCGAAAAUUUCAGACAAAUUCACGCGCGCGCACGACCGACGCGGCGGCCCGUCGGCGAUCGUCGGUCGUUUUCGGUGGCGUUCGGUCAUGUUGUGUCGCCGACGCCGACGCCGACGCCGCCGCUCGCUCGUUCAUCAGUUCGCUGGCCGGUGUCUCCCGCGUCUGUCGUUUGCCGUUGGUGUUCGCCGGCGCGCACGCUCGCUCGCGCUAAUUUCCAAACGCACGGACGGGACACCGGAGGCAGCCUCUCACGAACGACGUGGACCAAUGAUGCGAUAGUGCUCACCGAAAAAAAAAACGCCCGUCGAGAGCGAGGACCAUCGCUGCUAGUGCACUCGCUAUUGUCCAUCAUGACUCUGCGACGCUCAUUUAUCCGUGCGAAAACGCUCUGCACCGAGCCGCGCAAGAAUCAAGCCUGAUGUCCGUAUGGUCGACCAGCACCGGGCGCAAUUCAGUGUUUGGCGUGGAGAACGGCGGAGCAACGCUCCCCACUUCGCAUUUGCCGAUUCACGCACACGUGGCGGAUGCACACCUGCGCAACGUUGACGGCCACUGCUUUCACAAACACCACAACUACUGUCGUCAGUCGACGAUGUCGCAAGCGGGAGAUGGCCUUCAUACGCCGGGUUACUUAUCCUGGAGGAAGCUACAACUGAGCCGUGCAAAGCUCAAGGCAUCAAGUAAAACGUCAGCCCUCCUCUCUGGUUUCGCUAUGGUUGCCAUGGUGGAGGUGCAAUUGAAUUCCGACACGCAAGUUCCACCGGAGAUGCUGAUCGCCUUCGCUGUGUGUACGACUUUGCUGGUAGCUGUCCACAUGUUAGCACUGAUGAUAUCUACAUGCAUACUGCCAAACAUCGAAGCGAUCUGCAACCUGCACAGCAUCAGCCUCGUGCACGAAUCACCGCACGAGCGUCUGCAUUGGUACAUCGAAGUCGCAUGGGCUUUCUCCACGUUGCUCGGGCUCCUACUGUUCCUGGUGGAGAUCGCGAUACUUUGCUGGGUGAAGUUCUACGACUUCUCUCAGGUGGCCGCCUGGUCGGCCUGUAUCGUGCUGAUACCGGUGCUAAUAAUCUUCCUCGCGUUCGCGAUACACUUCUACCGUAGUCUAGUCGCGCACAAGUACGAGGUCACGGUGUCCGGUAUACGGGAGCUCGAGCUUCUCAAGGAGCAGAUCGAAUCCACGGACGUCGAGGGCAGAAACGGCCUCAACCUCGUGCAGACCGGGGUGCAUAUCGUUUGAAUCGGUCUUCCCGGUCUUUCUCGCUCGCCAUCGCCGCGGGUUUGGACUCACGUUCGAUGCAAUAAAGAAGAGAUGCUUGAUGCGGCAGAAAGGAAUAGAAUGUCUCUCGCGAAGCCAACGUCUGCUGCAACGUCGUUGGAAAGUGGAAC